CUUUAUUAUCUGUGGAACCUAAAGCUUUCCAUCGAUUCAGGCAGCGACGCUGCUGUCAAACAUUGCAUUUUACGAAGUAGUUUAUUGAAUAUAACUUCUAAGACGAAAUUAUAAGGCAAAUUCCGUAACGAACAAAAUGAAGAAACAUCAAACGCGACAAAAAACUAUUAACGAUCCAGUAAUAGUAUCGCGUGUAAAGAAUUAUCUCGCGGAAAAUGUGGAUAAAACGUUUGUCGAUGUUAGCCAAAUGGCGCGUUCAUUGAAAGAGCGCUACCGCGAGUACAACAACAGGAGCGACAACGCCUUCUGUCAGAUGGUGGAAAGUGCUUACAAAGUCGUAUUACAGAGUUACGGACUGGACGGAGCGUCUACAUCCGACGGAUCUGAAGAAGAAUCCGAUUUAGAACUAUUAGACGAGAAUAAUAGUGCAUUAAACGACCGCCUGCUCGCCAUGUAUAAGAUGCAAGAGAAAAAACGGCCCGCAACGAGCCGUCGUAAUACAGAUAAAACGGGGGAACCUAUCGACAUCCUGAGCAGCGACGAAGACGGCAGUGCGGCUCCGAAACUACCAAAAAUCAAUGACCAAAUUACCAUAACCCCUCACAUACCGAACAGAAAUGCAAAUAGUACAACAAUUGAGAGCACACCAUCGAAACCUCAACAGAAUCAACAUACAAAUGAGAAAAAGAAAAAGAUCGAAUCAAAUAAGAAUGCACAACCAAAGAAAAAGGCUGACAUUGGUACUGUCAAAAAUGUAAAGGUUAGUUUCGAUGACAUAGGCGGCAUAUCCGAAAUCAUAACACAGAUAUGUGAUUUAAUACUGCACAUGAAACAUCCAGAGUUGUACAGCCAGUUGGGCAUUAAAGCUCCUAGAGGAGCAUUGUUGCAUGGCCCCCCAGGGACUGGAAAAACAUUGUUGGCACAUGCUAUUGCUGGCAAACUACAGUUGCCUUUGAUUGCUAUCACAGGCACUGAAUUAGUUGGUGGCAUGUCUGGGGAAUCAGAGGAAAGGAUCAGAGAAUUAUUUGAGAGGGCUACAUCUGUUUCUCCAUGUGUGUUGUUCAUUGAUGAGAUUGAUGCAGUGUGUGGUAACAGAGUCCAUGCUCAAAAAGAUAUGGAAAAGAGAAUGGUGGCACAAUUAUUAGCAAGUUUGGACGCUUUGAGUGAUAAUAGUGCUUCUGUACUCAUACUUGCAGCAACGGACAAUCCAGAUGCCUUAGAUCCUGCUUUAAGAAGAGCUGGACGCCUCGAACAGGAAAUCACAUUAGGUAUACCAUCAUUUAAAGCUAGAAAAGAAAUACUUUCAAUACUUUGUAAGGAUAUAAGUUUAGAUGAAGAUGUUAACAUGAACGUCUUAGCUCAAAUAACUCCUGGCUUUGUUGGUGCUGAUUUACAAGCACUGGUUAACAAAGCUAGUACUUAUGCUGUGAAGAGAAUCUUUAGAGAAAUACGAGAAUCUAAAGUUAAAAUUCAGGAGGUGCCUACUGAGGCUCCUCCUACUGAUGAAAUCGCAAUUAUACCAAAUGGAGACAAGGAAAGUGAAGAAACACCCACGGAUGCAGGAGAACCCCCCGCAACCGUACCAGAACCACAAAUACCUACAGAAACACCUGAAAUACCAGUUGAAGAAUUGGUUGAAACAAAUGUAAUUACGGAAACAAAUCAUAUAAAUGAGCCAGUUGAAGUACAGUUGGAUCCGGUAGACGAAGUCAUGAAUCUUCUCAAAGACAUGCCCUACACUCGAGACGAACUGAAAGGGCUUGCUAUCAGACAUGAUGACUUUGUAAAAGCUCUUAAGACUACUAAACCCUGUGCAGUACGAGAGGGUAUCGUAACUGUUCCUGAUGUCACUUGGGAUGAUGUUGGAUCACUACGUCAAGUACGUAAAGAUUUACAAUUGGCAGUUUUAGCCCCAGUAAAGUAUCCUGAGCAGCUAGCAAAACUAGGUUUAUCUGCACCAAGUGGAGUGUUGUUAUGUGGUCCCCCUGGUUGUGGUAAAACAUUGCUGGCAAAAGCUGUAGCAAAUGAAGCAGGUGUGAACUUUAUUUCUGUAAAGGGCCCUGAAUUGCUGAAUAUGUAUGUGGGCGAAAGUGAACGCGCCGUCCGCACCUGUUUUAGGCGCGCGCGUAAUUCAGCGCCUUGUGUUAUAUUCUUCGAUGAAUUUGACGCCUUGUGUCCGCGCCGUACAUCACAAGAUAAUAACGGGGCCGCUCGUGUUGUGAAUCAGUUGCUCACCGAAAUGGACGGCAUAGAAAGUCGUGAAGGAGUUUUCGUAUUAGCAGCUUCGAAUAGACCAGACAUUAUUGACCCUGCGGUGUUACGACCCGGUCGCUUGGACCGCGUCAUGUACGUCGGUAUGCCUGACACCGAGGAUCGGUAUGACAUAUUACAAAAACUUACCAAGGGUGGUACCAGGCCGCAGUUGGGACCUGAUGCGAUACUACAAGAUGUAGCCACAGCUACAGAAUAUUACACAGGCGCUGACCUCGCUGGACUGGUCAGGGCCGCAGCUACUAAUGCCUUAACGCAUCAUAUUGCCAAUGGUACACUGAAUGGUGACGUUUUUGUAACAAGGGAGGACUUCCGAAUAGCACUCGAGAAAUGUAAACCAUCGGUGUCGCAAAAAGAGCGAAUUCAUUAUGAGAAGCUUAGAAUGAAAUACACUUCAGGAGCUGAAGAAAGGUAUAUGGAAAUGGAGACUGAGCCGCUUAAUGAGGAAUCUAUGGAUACAGUGUGAAAAUCAAUACAAAGCUGAAAGACUCGACCUUUUAUUUAGAUUAUUGUGGCCCUUAUGUUAAGAGAGUAUCUAAUACCAAUAGUGCCAAGUUGUUCCUUUUAAGCAAUUUAAAUGUCUACUUUUGUAUGUCCAUUCUGCAAUAAAUAGAUAUAAUGGGCAAUAAGUUAACAAUCAAUGUGUAAUAAGUAAUAACCAUAUUUUUUGUGAAUAAUCAUCCAUGAUAAACUCAUGAAGCCAUUUAUAAACACCACAUUUUAAAUUCAAGGGUAUGAAUAAAGAUACUUAUUUUCUCGUA